GCGCGUUGCUAACGAUAUCGAGCUGACAACUAGGUAAGUUACUCUAGGUGCUCAAGGAAAUUUUCUCAGGAAUACAUUAUAUGAUUAUGACCUAUAUAAAUGUCACAUCCCAAAGAAGGAAAGCGCACAAUUUCCUGUUUAGUUUGAAGAACUAAGACAAAAGAAACAAGGGAACUGUUUCAUAUUCAAAAUGGCAAGUUCCCGAGUUGCUUCGUUGUCUUUGUUUAUCUCAGCUAUUGCAUUUCAUUUGGUUGCGGUCAAUUGUACGUUCUCAGACAGCACGUAUAUCAACUGGGGUGCCCAUCACUCUUGGAUGAAAGGCGAUGAUUGUCAGCUCGUCCUCGAUCGAUCGUCAGGUUCUGGUGUACAAUCGAAAGGAACAUUUUUAUUUGGAAGCAUCGAAACGCUAAUCAAAUUGGUACCUGGUAAUUCUGCUGGAACAGUCACAACGUAUUAUUUGUCUUCUACUGGCAAAAAGCAUGAUGAGAUCGACUUUGAGUUUCUGGGGAAUGUAUCAGGACAACCCUAUAUUAUCCACACUAACAUAUAUACUCAAGGAAUAGGAGGCAGGGAACAACAAUUUUAUCCAUGGUUUGACCCAACAACAGAUUAUCAUAACUACACCAUUCACUGGAAUCCAUCUGCAGUUGUAUGGUACGUUGAUGAUAUACCAAUCAGAGUAUUCAGGAACUACUUAAGCCAAGGAAUUGAGUAUCCAAAUGCACAAGCAAUGGGAGUUUACUCGAGCCUUUGGAACGCGGAUGAUUGGGCAACCAGAGGUGGCCUUGAUAAGAUUAACUGGAAUAGUGCUCCAUUCAUUGCCAGGUACCGCAAUUUCAGGACAAGGGCUUGCCUCUGGAAUGGACCAGUUAGCAUCAAUCAAUGUGCUAAUUACAACUGGUGGUAUACAUGGCCGCAAUACAGGCAACUCAGUUAUGCUAAGCGGGGUCAGAUGGACUGGAUCAGGAACAAGUACAUGAUCUAUGACUACUGCAAAGACUAUAAACGCUUCAACGGACAGUUUCCCGCUGAAUGUUUUAAGCCUCAAUACUAAUAAUGAAGUGGAUCGUGUGGCCGUUACGUUUCUUAUUCUAUACUAUAUUUUGUGCAAGAAAGUUGAGACUUUCUUAUUUUAUUCAUACUUCUGCUAUUUCAUUCCAAUCCCCUGUUUGUUUUACCCAUAAUUUAUUCCUGUUUUUUUUUUUUUAGUGAAGAUAUCAUCCCAAAUGUUGAACUUUUGUAUUAUUGGACCAACACAUAAUAAAAGCAAGCUUUGAUGAUAAUA